AUGAAGAUUAUCUUUUUCAUUCUCAAUUUCAUUCAAUAUUUUUUUGUGAUAUGUAUGACGUAACAAGAGUUUAUCAAUGAAAGUAGAGAGGAGUGUUUUGAGAUAGUUGAAACUUGGCUCUAGUGGCUGGAAAAGGGGAAACCUAACCUCACUUUCUAAAAGAAAAUUUUGAAAUUGCUGAUAACAUUAGUAGGAAUAAAACAACUUAUAUUAGCGUUCCAUUUGCAUGAAUUUCAAAUUUUAUCGUCAAGAAUGUGUCCUGAUUAAAAAGUUAAUGAAAUUGUAUUCCUUUGAUUUUUGGACUGCAUUAUAUUUUUAGACAUCAUGGUUAAAAUAUGUUUUGUUCCUACUUGUAAAAACCGUUCAUCCAUAGUAGAUAAAAAGUUUUUCAGUGUUCCAAAAAACACAGCUAAAAGGAAUAUAUGGUUUUCUGCUGUUGGAUACGGAUCCACUUCAAAAGGUCAUGCUUAUUAUUGUUGUGAAGAUCACUUUCAUUUACCAGAAGAUACUCGGAACUGGAUGUGUUUCAGAUUUGUUGAAGGAACAGUACUCAAACUGAGAGAAAAUGUGGUGCCUCAUAAAAACAUAGAACCUCAAGUGUCAAGUACACCGUUAAACUUUCUUCCUACUUCAUCGUCCAUGAAAAUUCCUCCUUCAAUAGAGGUAUCCCUGAAAAGUUCUUCCACUUCAGCUACCCAAAUGUCUCCUCCAUCAAAAAUUGAGGAACUGUCAUAUUUAAAGGAUUACGAUGCUAGCCCCUUGAAAUCAGAUAUAUCUCCCACACACAAUUCUAGUUCGUCAUAUAAAUUGCCAAAUGAUAUGGAGAAUUAUAUGGAGUAUCAUGUGAUGGGGUCAGUAUCACAAGUACGUAUGAAACCAGGAUGUAUGCCCCAUAAAUUUACAUGCCAACCAGACAAGAAACCACGAAUAUCUGAUACAACAGAGCGACCCUAUAUAGUUAAGAAACGAAAAGUGAUGAUUCUUGAAGAGUGUGAAAAGGAAUAUGAAGAAAAAUGUAUAGUUACAGAACAAUCAGGUUUUGAAGAAAUUGCAUCGGGUAGUUCAGGUGUAAAAGUAGAAUCAUUAGAAAAUACUCAACAAGAUCUUCCUGAAAAAAUAAAACUAGAAUGCCUUCCUAGUUCUCUACAUAGUCACAAAUGUGAAGAACUUGAUAUACAUCAUGAACAUAUUAAACUUGAAAGUGUUAAAGACGAACCGAAUGAUAGCGAACAAUUAUUUCCUUGUGAAAGUUGUGAAAUGGUUUUCAGUAGGGAGAAAGAAUUAACUGAACAUAAAAUUGCUGAGCGUGACUGUAUAACUCUAGAAGAAGAUGAAACCGCAUGGAACAUUGAAGACUCUUCAAUACAAGAUUUUGGAGUGCAUCAGCCUGAUAUAAAAAGUGACGUUGCUCACGAGAAAGUACAGGUUAGUAAGAUUUAUCAGUGUAGAGCAUGCCGAGAACGUUGCCGACAAAAAGAAGAUCUAAGGCAUCAUGAAAAAAUCCAUGUCCACCUGUUGGAUCACACCUACGCACUCUUUCCAUCAGAAAACUCGUAUGGAUGAAGUAUGUAUGUGUGAGUCUUGUUGAGGUACAAUUGAACUACUGCAUCAGCAGGGAAGAUUUUAAAUAUCGAAAAAACAAAGAUGUAGUGAGCCGUCCUAGAAAUGGAAAAUAAACAAGAGCAGCUCUAAAGGUAAAUAGAAACCCAAUACAACUACAGUUGAUUGAUCAGUAGAAGAUUCAUGAACUUGAACAAACAAAGCAAAACUUCUUAAGAUCUAGGACACAAGAGAUCCACCCGCCAAUGUUCCACUUUACAAGCGUCUCCAUAAUCAUUUCAAUGGUUGAUUGUGCCGCUUUCAUAACCUGGAAAUUACAAGAAAAGAACCAGCCCUGGCAAGGGUAAAUCUGCCCGUAAUGAAAAUGAAUCAGUAUCCAUCUUGUUUUAAUCUUAGGAAUAAAAGAGGUAGGAAGCUGGGUCUGCUGACCAAACUUCACACUGGGUUAGGGUUACUUCUGCUAUUCCAGACAUGCUUGCUAAUGAAUAUAUGUGAAAGACAAUUUUAUUCAUUCCUGUUAGUAAAAUUACUCCGUGAAUAAAGUCUUUUUGAAAAAGUUUCAUUUAUUUAAUAGGUAACUGACAUAUUUUCCAAUUAUGGUCUCUAAUCCUGAAGUAUCUCAAAGAAUUACCACAAUACAAUGCUGGGUGCUGAUUUCAGACAAAGAUGAUUUAUGUAAUCCAAAUAAUUGUCAUAAGAAUGACACUUUGACUUUAGAAAAUAUCACUCAUACCAGCAACAAGGGAGCCCGUACACUGUUAACAAAGAAGAAUUUUUGAGUAUGAAACACCCAGCUAGUUAUUUUAUUUUCAUUUAUAUUUGAUCUGUACAUGUGUUUCGACCACAGACCUCUUUUUCACUCUACCAUACCUUCUUUCAAUAUGUGUACAAUAGAAGAGUAUUUUUGUUUUGGAAAGGGUGUUGAAGAAUGGGUUUGACAACACUAUUAUCAAUUCUAUUCUAUUGUUGAAUCUUAUGGCGUUUUUUCGAGUUUGUUACUAAAUCCUACACCUGACACCAAAAUUGAAUUACAAGGGAUCAGACUUACUACAUAAAAAUGCAAUAGGAAACUUUGUAGCGUUUUUGAAGAUUAGGUCAUACACUAAUGAUAGUUUAAAAAACAACCAACAUGGUGUCUUCAGGAGAUGAAAACACCAAACUGGUUGGUGAAACUAGCAUCGAGAAGGGUAUUGCAGUUUUUGUGAUUGAAAAAGUUCUCAUUUUUGGGUUCAUUCAAGCACUCAACUAUAGCAGCACACUCUUUAUUAUGCCAGAGAUUAAAGCUAUUAGAAUUGUCCAAAAAUUUUGAUACCGACAAUAUCAUUAAUGAAAAGAAAGGAUUUGAGAAACCGCCAAGAUAUGAUCUGAUCUUAUCAAGAGCUAUACACGAAAAAUCCAGAGCUUUUCAGCAGAAUUGAGAAGAAAUAAAUACCGCAACUUCGUCAUUAAGUCUUAAAUAGACCUCUUCAAGAAAAAUGAAAAACUUACGUGGAGUUUCAUUAUUUAAUUAUAAAAUUUAGUGGAAUCUUUAUUAA